GCCGGUAAAAAUCUAAUCCAAACAUCAACAAACUUUUUCGAUUUUGUACUCAAGAUAUAGAAUUUUAAAAUGUCAGAUGAUGAAGAUAUUACUUACGUGAAACGUCAGAAAAUUAUACAUUUUGGUAGCUUAGAAGAGCAGGAAAGGCAGAAAUUAAUUGAAAAAGAGAAACAACAACAGAAAGAUGAAGAAAGUGAUGAAGCAAAAGAAGGUAGUGAUGAUGAUAUUGAACCUGAAGCUGAGACUUCUGCAGCCGGGAGUGUUAAUAUUAGUGAAGAGUAUAUGGAACUUGAAGAGGAAAUCAACAAAGAGAAACAACUGCUUUUAGAAGAAUUUGAACGUAGGAAAAAAGCUCGUCAAAUCAAUGUGUCCACUGAUGAUUCUGAAGUUAAAGCAAAUUUACGUCAAAUUGGAGAACCAAUUUGUACAUUUGGUGAAGGACCUGCAGACCGUCGUGAAAGGCUGAGGCAAGUUUUAGCUAGACUUGGUGAAGAUGCAUUAAAAAAGAAACAGCAAGAGGAAGAAAAAGAGGAAGCCAAAGAAAAAUUGACUGAAACAACAUGGUAUCAUGAAGGGACUGAAAAUUUAAGAAAAGCCAGAGAGUGGAUUGCUGCUUACUCUAUACCCAGAUCAAAAGCAAGAUUAGAAAAGGCCAGAAAAGAAAAAGAAGAACCAACGUCUUUGCAAAAUGCUAAAAAACAAGAACAGUACAAAAAAUUACGAUCUUUGAACAUAAAUUGCAGUCAGAUUGGAGAUACAAGGCCCUUGUCCUUUUGCCAGUUUAGCCCAGAUUGUAACAUGCUUGCAACCGCAUCCUGGAGUGGCCUCUGUAAGUUAUGGACUGUCCCUGGUUGUGAAUUAAUUAGGACAUUGAGAGGUCACAAUUGUAAUGUAGGUUCAAUAGUCUUUCAUCCUUCGGCAACAUUAUCACAAUCUGACACAAGUGUUUGCAUGGCUUCUUGUUCCACGGAUGGAGCCGUUAAAUUGUGGGAUUUAAAGAGUGAUGAACCUAUUGCAAAUUUAGAAGGUCAUGAACCACAUCGUGUUUCAAGGAUUUCUUUUCAUCCAUCUGGGCGUUUCUUAGCUACUUGUGUAUUUGACAAUUCAUGGCGAUUAUGGGAUUUAGAAGUUAAAGAAGAAAUUUUACAUCAAGAAGGUCAUAGUAAACCUGUUUAUGAUGCAAGUUUCCAAUGUGAUGGUUCCCUAAUUGCAACAGGGGGAAUGGAUUCAUUUGGUCGAGUUUGGGAUUUAAGAACAGGAAGAUGCAUAAUGUUCCUUGCUGGUCAUCAAAAUUCUGUGCUCACCAUUUGUUUUUCGCCAAAUGGUUAUCAGUUGGCAACAGGAAGUGCUGACAACACUGUAAAAAUCUGGGACCUCAGAAGACAAAAGUGUGAAUACACAAUAUCUGUACAUACAAAUCUAGUGUCAAGAGUACUUUUUGAAAAAACUCAUGGAGAAUACUUGAUUACAACUUCAUACGACAAUUCCCUAAAGGUAUGGUCUCACCCAGGAUGGACUCCUAUUCAAACAUUGUGCGGGCAUGAUGGUAAAGUAAUGGGCGCUGACAUAUCAAGUGACGACCGCUUUAUCGCCACUGCUUCUUUUGAUCGGACAUUUAAAUUAUGGUCGCCAGAAGCGUGACAUGAAAUGA